CCUAGGAGCCCUGGCAAACGGCACCAGCUUGCAGGAAUCCGCUAGCUACCAGACUUGAGGGAGAGACUUCAGACCUCUCGGGUCCUGGCUGUGGGCCUGGACUGUGCUCCCAAGUGGCAUUUGGCCACACUGGGGACCAUCACUCCAGAGAUGGUGUCUGGGGCUUGGAUGGAGAACUCGUCUCUCGGCUACGAGUAUGGGGAUUAUGGAGACAUUCCAAAUCUCCCUGUGGACUGUGUUGAUGGCACCUGUGCCGCCAUCGACCCCCUCCACGCGGCCCCGCUCCUGCUGUAUGCCGCUGUCUUCCUGAUGGGGGUGCCAGGCAAUGCCAUGGUGGCCUGGGUGACCUGGAAAGAGGCCCGCCGGAGGGUUGGUGCCACCUGGUUCCUCCACCUGGCCGUGGCAGACCUGCUCUGCUGUUUGUCUCUUCCCAUCCUGGCGGUGUCCGUUGCCCACGGGGGCCACUGGCUGUACGGGGCCGUGGGCUGCCGGGCCCUGCCUGCUGUCAUCCUGCUGUCCAUGUAUGCCAGCGUCCUCCUCCUGGCCGCUCUCAGCGCUGACCUCUGCCUGCUGGCCUUCGGGCCCGCCUGGUGGGGUGCAGCUGGGCGGGCGUGCAGGGUGCAGGCAGCCUGUGGGGCGUCCUGGACACUGGCCUUGCUGCUCACGGUGCCCUCGGCCAUCUACCGCCGGCUGCAUCAGGAACAUUUCCCACGCCGGCUGGAGUGUGUGGUGGACUACGGUGGCUCGAUCGUGGCUGAGAACUCAGUGACGGCCACCCGGUUUAUUUUCGGCUUCCUGGGGCCGCUGGUGGUGGUGGCCAGCUGUCACGGUGCCCUCUUGUGCUGUGCUACCCGACGCCGCUGGCCACUGGGCAUGGCCGUUGUGGUGGGGUUUUUUGUCUGCUGGGCUCCCUACCACACGCUGGGGUUGGUGCUCACCUUGGCUGCCCCACACUCCACGCUCUUGGCCAGGGCCCUGCGGGCUGAGCCCUUGGUCGUGGGCCUGGCCCUUGCUCACAGCUGUCUCAAUCCCAUGCUUUUCCUGUAUUUCGGGCGGGGUCAGCUCCGCCAGUCUCUGCCAGCUGCGUGUCGCUGGGCCCUGAAGGAGUCACAAAGCAAGGAUGAAAGUGUGGUCUGCAAGAAAUCCACUAGCCAAGACCUGAUCUCAGAGAUAGAAGUGUAGACGGGAGGGAAAUUGGUUUGUAUCCUCCUAUUCCAUUUUACAAUUCUGGCUUCAGGCAUAGCUGGCUCCAGGGGCUUAAUGAUAUUGUCAUUUAUUCCUUUAUUCAUUCAACAAAUAUUCAUUAUGUCCCCUGCCAUGUGCAGUGCAGAUGCAGAACAUUUCCAUCAUUGCAGGAAGUUCUAUUGGAUAGGACUACUCUAGAAUCUCACCUGCUCAGAUCUUUUAAAUCACAUAGCAGUGACACCUUGUAGAGUCAUUAUUUCAGGACCGCACUUUACGCGUAGUUUCUCCUUUAAGGUAAUUCUUACAACAACCCAAGCAGGCAGGGGGAGAUGCUUCUUUUUGUAAGCUGAGGCCUGGGGAGCAGAGGUCAUCUGCCCAAGAUCACACAGCAAGGAAAUUAUAGAGCUGAGAUUUGAUCCCAUGUUUACUUGACUCCAAUGCCCAUGCUUUUGACUACCCAAAUUUUCCUUCAGUGCCUUGUUUAAAUAACACUUCCUUCAGGGAGCUCUCCCUGGUUCAUUCCCUUACCCGGGAAGAAGUAGUGUUCUGUUCUCCAAGUUUCUGGACCAAAAGUUUCCAGCUAAACUGUAAAUUUUCCAAAGACAACAUCUGGGCCAGUUUAACUGCUGUCUCUCCUCCACCCAUCCCAAGCCGUAAAAAGAGACAAACUAUAUUUGUCUACACCCUGUUUUCUUCCCACUCGAUCAUGAGCUUCCCACUGGCGGGGAUCUCUUUCUUGCGAUCUAUUUUUUUUUCUUUCUCUGAUGCAGGGACACUUUGUAGGUCCUCAAGAAGACAUAUUUUAUUUUUUGAUAUUUUAUUCAGAAUUCUCAUGCAUGAAUUAUUAAGACCAAGACUGCCUUAUAGAAUGAAUUACGUCCUGGGACAAUUUAUAUAACUUCAUGAAAGGUUUGAGAAAUCCUUCUGUUAACCCAGCUGCCAUUUAGGAGAGUUCUUCUUUGAUACGUUUAUAAACAGUCUUUUCUGUUGUUUGAAAUUUAUUUUCCUUCCUUAUUGCAUCAGCCUUACUUUUUGUUAAGAAGAAUCAAUUUCAUGAACGCUUUCAGAUGUAUUUCUGUGGAAUUUUCCAUAGA